UGGAUGGAAUUAAAUUAUGGCGAAGGGGACUAGGUGGUGACAGACGCGCUUCCCUUUUUUCUGGGCAUCUUCACCACAUGGACCCCAGCGGAGGACUCAACCUCAGCCUCUCCAGUCAGGUCAACAUACCACCCUUCUUCCUUCUCGGGCUGCUCCGUAUAAAUCUACACCACUCUGCCCCUAGCUAAGAUUCACCUCACUUCCCUCUCCCCGGCAAAGGAUUCGUCUGCCUGCAAGGACCCCUCGACUAUUCCCCUCAAGCUCAUCAGAAAUGGCGACCGGAAGUAAUAGUAGUAGCCAAGAGAGCAAGCAGCCGGGCCCCGAGCUGCCCAAGCAGCUGCCGUUCGAUUUUCUCAAGAAAAUCACCAACGAUUUCGGCCAAGACCGGAAGAUAAGCGACAGCCCCUUCGGCACACUCUACAAGGGGAUUGUGCCGGACGAUGGCAGAGUGAUAGCCGUGAAGAAACUUCAGGAGAACGCACCAAUGCCAGCUGAUAAGCAGUUCAACAAGGAGGUUCAGAAUGUUAUGUCUCUCAAGCAUGAGAACAUAGUGGAGGUCCUUGGGUUCUGCAGCGAAACGCAGAAGAAACUGGUGCAGUUUGAUAAGAGAUACAUCCAGGCAGACAUUACUGAGAGCUUAAUCUGCUAUGAGUAUUUACCUAAUGGGAGCCUUCAGGAGAAUCUUUUUGAGCCCAAAGAGUCCACUAAACAAGAGAUUAGUUGGGACACACGCUUCAAAAUAAUCAAGGGGAUUUGCCAAGGCUUAUUUUUUCUACACAAGUUGGAUAUUCCCAUUGUCCAUAUGGAUUUGAAGCCUGAAAAUAUACUGUUGGAUGCAAAUAUGGUGCCAAAGAUCGCGGAUUUUGCACUCUCAAGGGUCUUUGGCCAAGAACAAACCCGACUGUGCACACAAACAGUUGUCGGAUCAUAUGGGUACAUGGCUCCAGAAUAUCUUUACAGAGGUGAAAUCUCGGCUCAGUCAGACAUAUACAGUUUAGGCCUAGUGAUAAUCGAGAUCGCCACCGGAGAGCAGAAUCCUCGCGAAAAAGACCAACCAUCUGCGAGAAGUUUUGUUGAUAAAGUGCGUAAAGAAUGGACGCUGGAGAACAUAACAUCCAAGUAUUCCUCGUUGGAUCAUGAAAGCCUCCAACAAGUUAAAACAUGCAUUGAUAUUGGGUCAAAAUGUGUUGAGAUUGAUAGAACAAAAAGACCUCGCAUAGAAGAAAUCGUUAACUCGCUCAAAGGACUACAUCCAAGCCAAAGGGUUACCGAGGUCCCCCGUCCGUCUACAACUACCAAGAAGACAAUUAGCUCCUUUUUUGGUCAUAAGAAAUGAAACAUGCACGCCCUGUUAUUGCUGGAAGACUGUGACUUUAUUUUGGAAAGAAGACCCUUUGUUUCCAUGUCAUUUUGGAAAUAUUUAAGUGUAAUUUUUUAUGAGUAAUGUAUUUUAUUAUUAUUAAUCAACUACUGUACUUUAGAUGCAACAGCAGUUUCACUGUUGUCUCUGUUUAUGUCAGUUUGAAAUAAGAAUCUGUUUCUCAGGCA